AUGGACUUGGGGUAUCGGAACCUCCUGGCACCGAAUGGGCCUCACUUGAUCCCCCCAAGCGACUUUCGGUCCCCGCAACUGCCACGGCCACCUCCGGUCGUUGACGAGCUACACAGGACCCCCGAUUCUGGCGAGAUGGAGAAGGUCCCGCCUGUCACGGGCAAGCGCCGAGGCGGCUGUCGGAAAGCUUGCAACGAGUGCAAGCAGCAGAAGCUACGAUGUGAUAUCGUUCAAACUCCGGCCGCGGCAUGCUCUCGCUGUCGUAGGCUAGGGAUUGACUGCAAGGUUGAGCAAUCUUUUAAGCGUAUUUCCAAGCGAAGACGCAAUGCUGAGAUGGAAAAGGAGAUUGCGGAUCUUCGCCGCCGUCUCUCGUCCAACCCGGAGUAUUCUCAAACCGGAGAACAUCGUGAAGGCGACGACCUGUCGCAAUGCUCGGACGAUGCCUUUGCCCGCCGGGACUCGACGGGCAUUGAUCGAUCUCGACCUGUAUCCGUACCGGUGGAGUCGCAUCCGUCGAUGGCCACCCCAUUGACGAUGAAAAGGGACGGGUCCAUUCUGUCUCAAGACGAUAAUACGCCAUGGAGGCUUGAGGAUAUCACCCUCUCCCGCGCGCGAGUUGCACGGCUCUUUGAACACUAUUUCAAUUAUUAUCACCCAUUUCUUCCUCUUCUGAAUCUACCCAAGCCACCUGAGGUCUAUCUAAACCGAUGUCCCCUACUGGCAUGGACAAUUGUCUGUGUGGCCUGUCGUCGGUCUCCAUCGGAUCCGGGCCUCCUGACGGCUCUUUCAGGACCAUUCAGUCGACUCUUAUGGUCCACCAUUACAGGUGUCCCUCAAGAUUACCGAGUCGUCAAGGCAUUGUGCGUGUUGUGCACAUGGCCCCUACCGACCACCAGUCAACGAACUGACGCAACGUUCAUGCUGAGCGGUCUGAUGAUGCAAAUUGCCAUGCAGCUUGGAAUGCAUCGGCCGGUGCAAGCUGAAGAGUUCACAACGUUCCGGAUCGAGGCCCAAGGGGAGGCUUUGAAAGAUCGCUUGCAUACGUGGGUGAUUUGCAAUAUUGUCGCGCAGAACGUGGCGACUGGCUAUGGCCAGCCUCCUAGUACAAUCUACGAUUGGGCUCUUGAGCCUGCUUCGUUGAAGGAUGCGGACUACCACCUUCCCGAGAACCUGGCCAUCCGGCUACGCAUUGAAAAGUUCUGCGACCGAGUCACCAAAUCUUUAUAUAGCAGCAAGCCCGAGCCAGCUGAAUUCGUCAGUGCGGAGAAGCUCGUCAUCGUGCAGAUCCUGGAAAGCGAAUUGAAUGAGAUGGAGCUCCAGUUUGGUCAAGAAAUUUCAGCAAUCAAUAUGAUUCACCUGCGUGCCGCUGAACUACACCUCCGGUAUUUCGUGUUUCUAAGCUCCAAUGCACGAAGCGAUGACCUCACCAAGCUCUUCAUCGCAACCACCUCCUUCCUGGGCCGAGUGCUCGAUCUCGAAACCUCACCAGGGGAACUAAUUGGCCACUCAACCAACUACAUCCUCCAAAUGAUCGUGUCAGCAGCCUUCGCUCUCAUGAAGUUGCUCAAAAGUAAUUUCAGCCGACACAUCGACUUUAACCACGGCAAGCUCCUCUUCAACGGGGCGAUCUCGGCCAUCCGGCGAAUCAGCGUCAUGGAUCAUGAUCGUCCAGUCCGACUUGCGGACAUCUUAUCUCAAAUGUGGAACGCGACUGGGCCCAUGGCCGCCGAAGAGGACGGGCUGCAGCUCAAGGUGCGUUGCCGGAUGAGCAUGAGCCAUGUCUACGAUACAGUCUGGCGAUGGCGACAACGAUUCCGACCGGGGAAGACUGUAGAAGAGAUUCAAGCAGCUGCAGCCGCGGCGAAUCAAGUCAUCUCGACCAAUAAUGGGCUCGCGGCCCCCGAUGGCACUUUGGAUAAUCCGGGGCUGCUGCUGCCUACGCAGUUUGACGAGAGCGGUGCUUUCUUCAAUGAGGCUGGGUUCUCCGAGGUGUUUGAUUCUUUGAAUUGGGUUUUUGAGGGAAUCCCGGACUCGUCGUUUGUUGCACCGGUAGUACUGUAG